AAGCCCAGCCCCGUUUUUGCGAAACUUGGCCUUGCUUCUUUUUCAUGGAAAAGUUAAAAUCUCUGGAAGUUGGAAAACCUCAAAACCCAAAAGGGAAAUGGAGUUUGCCAACAAAUUGGUGGGGCUAGCAAGCAGAGCAGCCAACAACAACGUGGUGAUCGAUGUGUGCUUGGUCACAUCAUUUGCGGUAUUAGGCAUUCGAUCUCUGAACCAGCAAAAUGUUAUUGAAUCCUUGGAAGCCCAGAAAGAUUCCUUGACCAAAUCUAACAAAGCCCUCAAAAAGGUUAUGUGGGAUUGGAAGCAGCAGCUCUUCGCCGAAGCGUCCUCCCCUUCUCCUCUUGUCCCUCUCGAUUCCCUCAAAGCUAUCUAUGGUGAAUCCCCAACUCCUCCAACCGGAGAUUCUGCAAAAGGUGUAAAAUCACCACCAGCGAAGUUCGUUGUUUGAACUCUGAAUUGGAUUUUAGUAAUCUUUGCGAGGAAGCUAGAACUUUUGGGUAUUUGCAUAGUUGAGAGAAUCAAAUCAACCAAUCAACAGAUUUAGAGAAGAGUGGAAUUUUCCUGCCUUAGCCUCUUAAAAAUCGAAGAAAUAAAUGUUGUAGUAUUCAUAUAUACUGAAAGCUCGAAAGAAUUGUCUUUGUCGUAAAGAAAUAAAGAGUCGAAGAGCUUGUGUUCUUGGUAAAGAAAACAAAUGAAGACUAAAGCAUCUGCAAAAAUUCCCAUGGGGAAGAUAAACUCUAGCAGGAAAAGACUUCAUGUCUUGUAAAGCAAAAGCAAGGAAGUAAAAAGAGAACAUGGGUUUAAAAGAGUAAAAGUAAUAAACUAGGAGACCUAAGAGAGUUAGCAAGGUGAAAGUCACGGGAAUCGCUGGCUAUUUCGUGGCCUUUUGUUCUAAAAAAAUAAUUUGCUAAUGCCAGGUUCAUGAUGCUGAAAAACAGAUUUCUUUAGUUAUAUUAUAUGUUUAUUUAUAUGGUCUAAUUCGUAAUUAUGCCGUCAGUCCAUGUAUUCUUUGAAAUUUAGGCCUUAUUUGAUUUAAGGUUAAAAUCUGUCACUCUUCAUAAAUUUAAAAUUUAGUCCAUUUACUUUUAUUUUUAAGAA